UUGAGCACAGGAAACCUCGCAGUAAUAAUCUAAUUUCACAAAGGAUACAGCUGCCUCAACUGGGGGACCUAUUUUAUGUCAAAUACUUGAAUUCAGCAACACUGUUUCCUUUUUCCUCAAGUAAUAGUUUUUUCUGAGUCUUAACACAGGGCUCUCAUCACAAGUGGAUACAAUGUCUGCAGAAGAGGCUCCAACUCAGCCGCAACAAGCCGAACAGGAGACGACUCCUCUGGAGCCACCGCAGGAGUCGGAGAGCAGCCCUGCAGCCGAGGAGAAGCCCUUCUCCUGGCGGGCUCUGGUCCUCACCGGGCAUGGAGGCUAUGACAAAGUCAAGCUGCAGGUGAAGACGCAGAAGCAGCCGCAGCCGCAGGAGGGUGAGGUCCGGGUGUGCGUAAAGGCAUGUGGGCUGAACUUUGCAGAGCUCCUGGGCCGACAGGGUCUGUACGAGCUGCUGCCAGCCCCGCCUGUCAUCCUGGGGAUGGAGGGCUCCGGGGUCAUUGAAGCCGUCGGGGAGGGAGUGAUGGACAGGAAGGUGGGGGAUCGUGUCAUCAUGAUGAGCCGCAGCGGCAUGUGGCAGGAAGUUGUUGUUGUGCCCGCCAACUACACCUUCCCCAUGCCCGAGCAGAUGAGCUUUGAGGAAGGUGCUGCUCUCACCAUUAACUACUUAACUGCCUACAUGAUGCUGUUUGAGAUGGCCAAUGUGAGGCCGGGCAAGAGUGUUCUCAUCCACAUGGCAGCAGGUGGUGUUGGUAUCGCUGUCACCCAGCUGUGUAAGACUGUGCCAGAUGUGACGGUUUUUGGCACAGCAUCAGCCGCCAAACAUGAGAUUAUUGCCCAAGGCGGCGUAACUCACCCCAUCGACUACCGCACCAAAGACUACGUGGAGGAAAUUCGCAAAAUUAGCCCGAAAGGAGUGGACAUCGUCCUCGACCCACUCGGUGGUUCAGACACCCAGAAAGGCUUUGGUUUGCUGAAACCUUUGGGCAUGAUUGUAGUCUUUGGUGCAGCCAAUUGUGUGACAGGCCAGAAGAAGAACCUGUUGGCCAUGGCAAAGACCUGGUACAACCAGCUUUCUCUCUCCACGCUCAAACUGAUGCAGUCCAAUAAGGCCGUCUGCGGCUUCCACCUGGGCUACAUCCCUGAUGAGGAGCUCAUCGGCAGGGCCAUGUUCAAGCUUUUGGAGCUCUACAGGCAGGGAAAGAUCAAGCCCCGCAUUGACUCAUCCUAUCACUUCGAGGAUGUGACUGAUGCCAUGAAGCGCAUGCACGAACGCCAAAACAUUGGGAAAGUCAUCCUUCUUCCUGAACCGAAGAAGGAGGAAGAAAAAUCAAAGACCAACCCUGAGCCGGUGGAAAAUGUGGAAAAAACUGAAGCCGCUGCCAACGAGAAGGAAGAGGAGGCCACAGAGGAAGUUAAAGCAGAGGAUUGAGUAAGAGUGUUUAUUUGAAUGCAGUUUUCAAGCACUUCCUGAAUGAGUUCUCUGUUGUUCACUUGUCAAAAAGAAAAGAAAAGAAAAGCAAGAUGCCAUUUAUUCUUUGACUUUUUCAGUAUUUUAAAAUGUUUAUUAAGAUUUUGUUGUUGAAUAUGUCAACAGUGUAGUGUCAAUGUUGGUAAUACUUGUGUUAUAAAUGAAAAAUAACUGUAGUCUAUUAUAUCACGUGAGGAAAAAUGUAUUCUGAUGAAUGGGUGUGGCUUCCCCAUGACAACAGCUCAGCAACAGCUCUGACAUCAAAUGUGUCACCAGGACUGCGUGUAUAAAGGUCGACCUUAAAUUUCCAAUAAAAAAAGAUAACUGGCAAGUUUAUAUUGAGAUCAAUUUUGAUUUUCACUUUGUUUGUUUUGUUAUUCAUUGUUUUUAAAAACAAAUUCUUAUAUUUUGCAGCUUUCUUAAUUGAUUUUGGUGCAAGGAACUUACUCUUAACUGUAAGGAGAAGAGCAUAAUUACGUCAUUGUUAGAAUUUUGAUGCAUUUAAGAUGAAAAAAAAACGGCCUCAUCCAUACCGGUCCUGGUCCUGAUUGUCUGUAUACUAAGCUCAAAUACAUUUCUAUUCGUGUUUCUUUCAUUUCUUGCUUUAAUUGGCAUCAAAUCUGGCCAAGUAAUCUGAAUGUCAUCAAGAUAUUUUACUGCCUAUUUUGUUAAUUCCUUGGAUCCUGUUACAGAUUAUUCAUUUGAUGAAGUAAUGAGUAGCUGUAAUCAAAUUUGCCGACCCAAGCCUAUUUUAUCAGAAAACAUUAGUGUCACGCUUGUUAGGAAUAGUAGUGAUCGUUCUAGUUUCAAGGGUUGUGAUGCAAAACUCAGAUUCCUCUUAAAUGAUUGUUCUUAGACAAAAGUCUCUCUUUGUAUUCUAGUUAAAAUUUGUAUAUUUUUCUCGCCUAUUUGUGCCAAAUUCAAAGUCAGCUUUCACUACUGCCGCCAAGUCAACUGUGAAUAACAAUUAGCAUGACUUCCCUGUCUUGGCACUCGGUGGGUUUUCUUCCAAACAAUGGCCAUGUGAAGGCAGGCUUUCUCGCCUCGAUUGAUUUAGCUGCUUAAUUAAAUCCUACAUUGCCUCUUAAAAUAAAAAAAAUAUAAGUGUUUACAGAACUAGAGUACAGUAUGUGUUACUUAGUCAUUCCUUUUAUAUAUAUACAGGGAGGGUGUUUAAAAACAUUAUGAAGAAAAAAUGGGAUGGUGCUUCGCUUUUAUGCACUUUGUAUUUCUGUGCUUAAUAUAUAUUCAUCUUGAAGCUCUUAAAGUAUACUGAUGUAUUAUUAAGCUUCCGUUUUCUUCACAGUAAUGAUUUGUAUGUUUUUUUUAUGCUUGCAUGUCUGUAUCUUUAAAUGGAUGAUCUUAAAUAGUGGGCUCAGUACGUUUUGUCCAGCUGUGGGUGUAAUUCAAUGCUUUGACGCAGAAAGACGCUAAAGAAGCACAAGAGAAAAGAGUUUCCCCUCCAUCCUCACCAGAGCAGCUCCUCACAUUCCUCUCCCCACCCUCAGUCCUGCUUUCUGUCUCUCUCUCUGUGG